GGGGUGGGGGGACGCCAGCUGAGCAGUUUGGUCGUUGCUGGAGUUUAGUAAUUUUAAAGUUUCCAAACUGGAGCGACGGCGGCGAGAGAAUAGGCCUUGGAAAACCAUGGCUACUACUAAGGGAACAGCCAUUGGCAUCGACCUAGGCACCACCUAUUCAUGCGUGGGGGUGUUCCAGCAUGGCAAGGUGGAGAUCAUUGCCAAUGACCAGGGCAACCGAACCACCCCCAGCUAUGUGGCCUUCACAGACACAGAACGGCUCAUUGGAGAUGCAGCUAAGAACCAGGUAGCCAUGAAUCCUCAGAACACUGUCUUUGAUGCCAAACGUCUGAUCGGCAGGAAAUAUAAUGAUCCUGUUGUACAGUCAGAUAUGAAACUUUGGCCUUUUCAAGUGAUUAAUGAAGGAGGCAAGCCCAAGGUGCUGGUGUCUUAUAAAGGGGAGAAGAAAGCUUUCUAUCCUGAGGAAAUUUCUUCAAUGGUACUAACAAAGAUGAAGGAGACUGCAGAAGCUUUUUUGGGUCACACUGUCACCAAUGCUGUAAUCACUGUACCAGCCUAUUUCAAUGACUCUCAACGCCAGGCCACCAAGGAUGCAGGUGUGAUUGCAGGACUAAAUGUGCUGAGGAUCAUCAAUGAACCCACAGCUGCUGCCAUUGCCUACGGCUUAGAUAAAGGAGGUCAGGGAGAACGACAUGUCCUCAUCUUUGAUCUGGGUGGAGGCACAUUUGAUGUAUCUAUCCUGACCAUAGAUGAUGGAAUUUUUGAGGUGAAGGCCACAGCCGGGGACACGCACCUGGGCGGGGAGGACUUCGACAACCGGCUGGUGAGCCACUUCGUGGAGGAGUUCAAGAGGAAGCACAAGAAGGACAUCAGCCAGAACAAGCGAGCCGUGAGGCGUCUGCGCACAGCCUGCGAGAGGGCCAAGAGGACCCUGUCGUCCAGCACACAGGCCAACCUGGAAAUUGAUUCACUUUUUGAAGGCAUUGACUUUUACACAUCCAUCACCAGAGCCCGGUUUGAAGAGUUGUGUGCAGAUUUGUUUAGGGGCACUCUGGAGCCUGUGGAAAAAUCUCUUCGGGAUGCCAAGAUGGAUAAAGCUAAAAUCCAUGACAUUGUUUUAGUAGGGGGCUCUACCCGCAUCCCUAAGGUACAGAAACUACUUCAGGACUAUUUCAAUGGUCGUGAUCUCAACAAGAGUAUCAACCCAGAUGAGGCAGUAGCCUAUGGAGCUGCAGUACAGGCAGCUAUUUUGAUGGGUGAUAACUCUGAAAAGGUACAGGAUCUGCUUUUGUUGGAUGUAGCUCCCCUAUCCUUAGGGUUGGAGACAGCUGGAGGUGUGAUGACUACCCUAAUCAAGCGCAACUCUAAUCCCACCAAGCAGACUCAAAUCUUCACCACAUACUCAGACAACCAGCCUGGGGUGCUGAUUCAGGUGUAUGAGGGCGAGAGGGCCAUGACAAGAGACAACAACCUCUUGGGGCGCUUUGACCUGACUGGAAUACCUCCUGCACCCAGGGGAGUUCCUCAGAUUGAGGUGACCUUUGACAUUGAUGCCAAUGGUAUUCUCAACGUCACAGCCAUGGACAAGAGCACAGGAAAGGCCAACAAGAUCACCAUCACCAAUGACAAGGGCCGCCUGAGCAAGGAGGAGAUUGAGUGCAUGGUUCUGGAUGCAGAGAAAUACAAAGCUGAAGAUGAGGUCCAGAGGGAGAAAAUUUCUGCAAAAAAUGCUUUAGAAUCCUAUGCUUUUAACAUGAAGAGUGCUGUAAGUGAUGAAGGUUUGAAGGGUAAGAUUAGUGAUUCUGAUAAAAAGAAAAUACUGGAAAAAUGUACUGAAGUCCUUUCCUGGCUGGAGGCCAAUCAACUGGCCGAGAAAGAUGAGUUUGAUCAUAAGAGAAAGGAAUUGGAGCAGGUGUGUAACCCCGUCAUCACAAAACUCUACCAAGGAGGAUGCCCUGGGCCUACCUGUGGAACAGGGUAUACACCUGGAAGGGCUACCACAGGCCCUACCAUUGAAGAAGUAGAUUAAUCUUUUCUGGAACUGGAGAGUGCUAGGGUGCCCCUAGGUGAAUUUUAUACCCUCAUCUUCAAACAUGAUUCUUGAAUUGACUGAACCUGAACCUAAGUUACCAUCCCUUUGGAAUUCUCAUGGAGGAAUCUUAUACACCAUCUUUUCAUACUCUGAACAUCUGUGACCCUGAAAUGGACUUUUAGGAAAACUAGGAACCUCUUUUGAACCAUCUGAUGAAUUUGAAUGUCUGUUAUUUAUUUCCAGCCACCCCAACUUUCUCCUUUCUGUGUGGAUGGUUAUUUGUGUCACUCAGUAAAUCUGUUCCCAAAGGAAAUUAUUUCUAGUAUCUUUAGGCUGUGAGUGUACCUGGAAAAGAAAGGAAAAGGAAAGUUCAUAGACAGCAUGUGUUUUCUGAUUGUGAGCUCAUUGGGAAUGAUUAAACUGG